AUGCCAAAAUUAAUUAAAAAACAAAUUCUUAACUUUCUAAAUAUUAGUAUUAGAAUUACAGAUGAUGGGCAUAAUGUAGGGCAUAAGGUCAAGCAUGUUUUAAUUAUAUUCACUAUACUUGAUAAUUUAGCAAAUAUUCACAAACCCGAACAUUAUUAUACUAUUAUUCUUUAUUCUGGUGCUGAAGACUACAAUUCUUUAAAAAAUGCAACUAGACUACUCAAUAAUGAAUUGCAUGAACUAUCUAAUAAUACAAACUCUACCUAUUUUUGUUUAUGGUGUACAAUAUCUAAAAAAGAACAAGUCAAUUUAGAUCAAGAAUAG